AUGAGUGAUUGUGAGGAAUGCACGAGUGGCACGGGUGAUUGUGAGGACAUCUUUAUUGCUGGAAGUGAAACUUCAUCUACUACAAUUAUUUGGGCAUUGUCGGAAAUGAUGAAGAACCCAAAUAUUAUGGCUAAGGCUCAAAGUGAAGUGAGACAAGUCUUUAAGGGAAAAAGAAAUGAUGAAGAAGAUCUUGAAAAGUUGACAUAUCUAGACUUAGUGAUUAAGGAGACAUUAAGGCUUCAUACUCCAUUUCCUCUUCUGCCCAGGGAAUGUAGGGAGCAAACAGAUAUUGAUGGAUACACCAUACCUCUUAGGACUAGAGUGCUAGUCAAUGCAUGGGCACUUGCGAGAGAUCCAGAAAGUUGGAAUGAUCCUGAAUGUUUUAUACCAGAGAGAUUUGAGAAUUCUCUUAUUGACUAUAUGGGAAAUUUCUUUGAGUUUAUUCCAUUUGGUGCAGGAAGAAGGGCUUGUCCGGGAAUGCAAUUUGGUUUAGCUAAUGUUCGACAUGCAUUGGCGCAGUUACUCCACCAUUUUGAAUGGGAACUCCCAUAUGGAACUAAUCCAAAAGAUUUGGAUAUGACUGAAUCACAUGGAUUAAGUGCAGCGAAACAACAAGAUUUAUAUUUAGUUGCAAUAAAUCAUAGAAACGAUGAAGAACUUUGA